AUGCACAUUCUCGUACUCAUUUCGUUUAUAUAUCCGUACGCAAACAGUAGUCAACUAUGUCGUGUAAAUCGUUUAAUAUUUGUGUAGUUUUAGAUGUUUUGGAUGUUACGUGUCCCGGUGUAUGCAUAUGUCCCAGAGGAAUGGUGUACCUCGACAUUUGGCUAUUCGGCAAGAAUGUUUGCACGUCGUAUGCGGAGCCCAAAUUUCCGAUGGUCUUCAACGAAACGUUCAACUUUCACGAAAAUCUCACAGAUCUCGUAGACUUGAGAGAUGUUCAGAAAACUUUGGAAGAAAAGUACAUGCGUAUUGCAUUAGUGCAGUUCCACAAAAAGAAACAAAUCACUUUAGCCACGUACAAAUCUAGUGUUGAUAAAGUAUUGUACCCCGAACCUAGUCGGUUGAGCUCAAACGGAGAAUCAGCGUUGCUUAUGAAAAACGAACCUUUGUUUCCAGGAACCAUUUCACCGAAAAUUACUCUGGUGACCAAGACCAGCGUUACAGAACAAAUAAAUACGAUUUUGUACGAUGAUCAGCACUCGUCGCAAAUUUCGGAAUUGCCUUGUCGACCAAACAGAAUGAAAAAAGUUCAUCACACAAAAUCAAACAACUGGCAGUGUUUUCAUAAAGGAGAACAUAGGGUUUAUAAUGACGAUGGAAGCACUAUCACAGAUUCUGAAUCGGAAAGUCAAAUGUACUGCCAAAAUGCUAUUAAGACUACUAAUAUAAAGGAUUGCGAGUGCCAUUUGAAAAAAAGUUGUACACAUUGUGAAAACAUUAAUAAAUUGAAAACAACUAAGCAUAGAAAUGAAACGAGUCAUCAAAAAAAUAUUAAAACGUCAUUAGAAAUUAAACGUAAAUCCUUAGAUGAUAAUAAGCACCAAAAUACUGAAAUAACAUCAAACAAAUUUGGUAAAAAUAUAAAAGCGACAGUUAAAGUACACAACAACAAUUGCUGUCAAACAAAGUUAAAUAAUAGCAGCAGUAUAAAUGAAUCAAUAAAAACAAGUGAUCAAGAUUCCAUUCACGAAGAAAAAAACAUUAGAAUGUCAAGGCAUGACUCUGGAGAAGAGUCGAAAAAACUUAAUCCUAAGAUUAAAGCUCAAUUACACUUCGAUGUACAUCAAUGCAGAUGCAACAAGUCUAAUUAUGCAUCAAGCCCAAGCUGGAGAAACAUAUGCAAUGAAGUCAACACAACAGAUAUCGUGGGAGAUGAAAUUAAAUACAAUGUAUCUUUAAGAAACUACUAUAGGAGACUUUACGAUGGGGCCACUUAUCAACUCAGUAGAAAUCUUAAACUCCUUUGAAAAACGAAUUUUCAUUAGUUUUAAUAAGUACAUUUUAAGUAUAA